UGUCCAGCGUUUAUUGCAUAAGAAGGCCGUCGGCGGCUGUGUGCAGGUCGAGCGUUCACGGUUAGUCGUGGGGUUAGCGAAUGGUUUAUCAGGACGCUGGUCACACAAUUAUAGGUGGGAAGAAGAAUCAAUUAAAACACCCAUCUUCGCAUCUCUUGCCAAUCCCGGAAUAAAGCACACUGACAGCGUGCUUGUCAGCAAGUACUAGACGCUCUAGGUCCGUCUCUUAGUUCCCACUAACAAUUCAUCAGAAAGCUUUACUCUUUGUCCUUUUUCAGCACCAUCAUUAGCUUUACCAGCGAUAUGCCUGCAAUUCGUGCACAUGAUAUUUACCCUAACGAUGUCGAGGAUGACGAUGGGAUGCCCCCACUCGUCGACAAUCCAAACACAUCAAUGUCAUACACGUUUUUCACUGAUAUGACACCCAUUACUGCUUUCAGCGCUGAUCCCACUGCUCUCUGCGAGAAUGCAUGGGACCACUCAACGUCCACAUCUCUUGUGGAGUUCACAGACUCGCCUGACUGUCCUGCGACCCAAACCGCUGAUCGUGUCUCUCAUGGCAAGAAACGGGACGCUUCGUACAUCCCCCGCCCACCCAACGCUUUCAUCCUCUUCAGAUCAUCAUUCAUUCGGAGCCAACAAGUUCCGGAGAAGGUGGAGGGGAAUCAUAGCACCCUGUCGAAGAUUAUUGGCAAAUACUGGAAGACUCUUCCUCGCGAGGAAAGAGAAGUCUGGGAGGCCAAGGCACUCGUUGCUCAGGCAGAACAUAGAAAGCGCUAUCCAGACUGGCGUUUUAGACCUGGGGCUAACGCACUUGCGAAGCUCAAGGUCAAGGAUGGUCCCGGAAUAGCCAACAGAAGACGAAGCACCAGUACCAAGAAAGGCCGCGGAAAUGCCGAAUCGAAGAAGAAAAAUAAGAGUAAAGAUGAAAGGUGUUCGAUGAUUGCGGAUCUUCUGGUGGAAGGCAAGACAGGCGCUGAACUGGAAAGUGCGCUUAGAAAUUGGGAGAAUGGAAUUAGUAAGGAAGUUGAGGUGGAUAAAGGUGCUGUUGGCCUGCAAGGUGAACCCAAUCAUGAGGGAGGCGAUCAAGGCAAUUGGAGCGAAGCUUUCCCGACCACCAAUCACUUUCAGAUGGAGUCGGUCCAAUUCUUGCCAGACCUCUAUGAUCCCGGUCUCGUUACACAGGUAAACACCGAUGGUCUCGAUCAUCUCGCCACGAGUCAACCUCGCUGCAAGACUCCACAUGACGAUCGAUUCAAAGUACCUCUCACUGCGAUGUUCAGGCGUUCUCUGUCCGCACCUGCGAGGCGCUUCGCAUCUCCCGCGGAUGUUCUAGGCCACAGCGGCAACAGCUCCCUGACUGAUGUCUUUUCCGAUACUGCAAGUUCUCCUCCCAGCGUUUGUACCCCUUCUGUCUUUCCCUCAGAGCAAUAUGAAGACCCAUCGGUCGCCGUAUACGGUGAUUCUAUGGGUCAUCUAUCGCCUCUUGUUCUGCCAUCAGGACUAGGCGAUGAUUCUCCUGCACGUUGGAAUGACCCAUACAAUCUCCUCGGAGCUCAAUCGCCCGUUGGAUCGUUAUCAGACUGCCCUGCUCUGUCAUACGGACACAGUCCCUCCGUGUCGCCAGUCGACGUGAGCUUUGGGAAUUAUACGUUCCCUUCACCGACGCUGGCGGCACUUACUGCGACAAAGCCCGAGAAUAUCUCUGCUGGUCUUGACUACCCCAUCUCAUAUGAUAACCAGUGUUAUUCCUCUUACUCUGCGCUCAAGGGGUGGUCAGAUGGUCAAUGCACAUCUUUUGAUGCCUCUCCAGAAGGUUUCGUGCCGCAGGUUUUUGUUAAUCAAUACGCCAGCGCACCAGCAAUAUACGAAUGGUCCCCUCUCGAUGAUACCAUACGUGCUGGUCAUGCACCCCAGCUCCAUAACACGUUCGAAAGCAACUACAACGAUUUCAGAUUCUGAAGCCCGGUCCUCCCCUGAACUUAUGUAUAACCCCUUCGUGCGCCACCUUUCUCCUUCAUAGACUUCUUAUGAUAACGCGGAACUGAAACUGGAAUGUACCAAUGAUUCGACUUGGAAUGAUUUUACCCUAUGCAUGUGUUU